UCGUCUUCUACUGCUACAAGCGCACGGAGCAGGAUGGGCAACACCUCUUAAUAAUGUAAAGACUACAUGCAUCUCGGUCUAGUUGCUUCCGGCUGCGGGUCGAUUCUCAAUUGUUUUCUUCUCUUCUCGUGUAAAUAAAGGAUAUUGGCUCGGUGCGCCAGACGUACCGGCACGUUUGACAGAUCGAAAACAAAGUGGUUAUUUGGACUUUUUUUUAACAUUUUUUGUGUUACAGUGAAUGAAAAACUUUGUGUUGGCAUGUUUGCUUUGAGUUGUUGAUUUUUUAACUUGAAAAGCGACUGGUGGAUUAUUUAAUACAAUCGUUAAAUCAUUGACCAUGUCUUACAAACAAAACUUCGCUCGCAACCGGAACAGUUGGGGACCGAUAUCAGUCGCCUCUCCUGGAUUUUACAGGAGUCCGGAAGAUGAUGAUGAUGACGAUGAUGAAUUGAAGGCAAUUCAAGCAAGGCAACUAGAUCCCCUGAAAGAGGAUUUGGCAGACUGGUUGAAUAAAACUUUAGGUAUUGACUAUAUUAAUAAGGACAAUUUUCUGGACGAACUAGAUAAUGGAGUAGUUCUUUGCCAUUUGGCGCAAAUUAUUACCGAGGGAGUAAAAAAGGCGAUAGAUAAGGGACUUGUAAAAGGGCCUCUUCCAAAAAUAAGAGGAAAAUGUUUUGAAAAGGCUGCAAGAGGAAGCUUCUUUUCCAGAGAUAACAUGGAAAACUUUAUUAGAUUUUGUAGAUCAUUAGGAGUCCAUGAAAACUUGCUGUUUGAAAGUGAAGAUCUUGUUUUGCACAAUCAACCCCGGAAUGUAAUACUGUGCCUUCUUGAAGUCGCUAGAAUUGCCUCCAAAUUUGGUAUCGAACCUCCGGGACUGGUCCAAUUAGAAAAACAGAUUGCCGAAGAAGAAAGGGAUUCAUUCGAUUCCAGAUUAAGUUCUUUACUCACUUGGCAAUUCCCUAGUAUUACAAGUCCUUCUCCAAAUUACUCCAAAAUGAAGCAGAGUCAUUCAGCCGGGGCAAUAUCUUCAGUUCUCGACAGAUGGAACACUCACCACGUUGUGCUGGUAGAACAAACCAACGCACUCAAUUCAUUGCCAGUAGUUAAUACAAGUGGAGCAAGCGAUGGAGUUCCUAGUGAUAAUACUGAAGAUGAAGAGUGGUCACGAGGUAGUGGUGAAGAUCCAGACCUGGACGUGACCCCACCAAUGAGACCAUCUUCGGGGGAUAGCGGAGGUGCCAACACACCAAGUCCAACACCAACGAAUGAACUGGACAGGAAAGUACAGCUCGCUGCUAGACUUAUGCAGAAAAACUGCAAUUGUUCUAGUGGCAGAUGCGAAAAGUUGAAAAUCCGAAAAGUGGGCGAAGGAAAAUAUAAUAUUGCUGGCAAAAACGUAUUUGUUAGGUUACUCAAAGGUCGCCAUAUGAUGGUACGAGUGGGUGGUGGCUGGGACACUCUCGACCAUUUCCUGCUUCGCCACGAUCCUUGUCAAGUGAAGGUUGUUUCGAGGGAAUCCCAAGACCGUCCAAGCAGUGCUUCCAAGUAUUUACAUAUUCGCGCCAAGUAUAGGAGUCCACCUCCUAGAGAGAGUAUCACGCGCUAGGGUUUAGUCACAUUGUUGUAUGUACUGUAGGAUUAAGGGAAUUAUUGAGUACUAGAAAAUUUAAACAUCUAUACUAAAAUCACAAUAACGAUGCACUAGAAAUAAACAAACCAGGAGACGGUGAAUGUUACAAAGAGCACUCCCAAAUCAUGAUUUAUGCCUACAUUGUAAAUCCCAAAUCAUGAUUUACAAAGUUUAUACAUUGAAAAUCAUGAUUCGGGAGUGCUCCUCGAAAUAUUCAACGUGUCUUGGUUUGUUUAUAUCUAGUGCAUUUUUAUUAUGAUUUUAGUAGAUAUAAUGUAAUAGUCUGAAGGAAAGUUGAUACAUUGAUACUUAUUUGCUUUCCACUUGCAUUACUGAAUGAAUUGCCACAAUAAGUUUUACAGUGAAAACAAAUGAAUAAUUAUUGUAUGACUGUAAAUACUGAAAACACCCUUUUGUCUCAAGUAAACUCGACCGAAUUCGUGGCCAUAAAGCUACUGCAUUUAGAAAUGCGUUAAAGGCAGUUUUCUUUGUUCAUUUUGAUUGUGUCUUAUAAUCAAGCAUCAUCUCUUAAUACGUAUCUCAAAGCAUUAUAUCUAAAAUGACAAUGGUAUCUAGACUACGUAUUUGUUAAUUUGAGAGUAUUAUAAGGUAGGUAUGCAUGUAAAUUAAUGAUUUUAUGUAAGAUAAGUCAUAUCGGAUACUAAUAUAUUUUACUAUGCCAAAUAAAAUUGCUGUAAAGUGUAUUUUUAUUUUCAGUGGGAAAUAAUGUUUCCUUGGGGUAAUCGAGACUCUUAUCAUAUGGCUCCAUAUUCUUAUUCAUUUUCCAGUUCUAUAUAUUUAUAUAUUUUUAUAUAUAAGUAUAUAAUGUAUAUAGUAUAUAUGUAAGUAUAGGUUUCUGAUCUCUGAAUCUACUCUUUCAAUUUUCCUUCUUAGCCGCACUUAUUAUUUUUAUAUGGUUCACCUCAACUACGCCAUUUACGCUCAAGAGAAAAUUAAUUCUGAUAUAUUUAAAUAAACACAUGCUAGUCCUAGUAGUACUAGUUGAUGCACCUACAUAUUUAGUACAAUUAUUAAGUAGACUCGCUCUAUAACGAUAACUGAAAUGGCAGACUAAUUACCUCGUUAUAAGCCGAUCUCGUUAUAUCAGACAACAAGUAUAUUGCGCAUACAUAUUAACAUGUAGUUUUUUCAGAGCUUAACUUCCUAUUGUGAAGCCGUUCCGAGCAAUAUAAGAUGCUAAUAUUGUUUAAAUGGAGCUUUUGAAAAAAAGAAUCGGUGGAUGAACAGGAAGAAAUUGAUAGUGGAGUUUACUACAUCACUGGCCUCGAUAAGCACACAGAUUUUAGGCAUUUCUGUGUACAGGCAGCUGGAGUAUUUAUUUAUAACCGUCACCUCGAAAAACAGUAAAGAAACAUGUUCUUCGAUUUCAUUUUCCCUCGUUGUAACCAAAUAUGCCUCGUUAUAGAGGGUUAUAGUUCAAUAUGUAUUUCAUGGAACAGCUAAUGUACCUCGUUAUAAACGAAACCUCGUAAUACCCGUGUUCGUUAUAGAGAGAGUAAACUGUAGUAAAUUACUUUAAAAGACCGGAAAGUGAAAGUUUUUUAGGUCAAAACAAGCAGAUUCUAUCGCGAGUCGUGGAAACUAAAGGAGACCUGAAAAACACUAAUUUUCAGUCGCGUGUCGCAUAGGUGCACAUACCCAUGGGCAGGGGGGCGUGGCAAGAGCCUCCUCCAUUCUGUUUAUUUCGUUAUUCCAUUAUUUUAUUUUAUUUAGUGUCCAUUCCUUUAUAUACUGUACGUUAAAUUUUCUUCUAAGGAUGUCACUCUUCUUACGAUCUCUCCCUCGUUUCAGUAAUUCUCCGUAGUAUUCUAUCUCUACCGUUUCCAGUUGUCUUUAUGUUGUUGCUGUGUUAGGUCUUGUUUCUGAUGCAUAUGCCAUUAUUGGUCUUACAUGGAAUUUAUAAAUUCGUGAAUAAUUCAUCUCAGUAUUAAUAUGUCGGUUCAGGAUGAAGGUACCCUACCAGUCCAUUUGCUUUUUGUACUUGAUUUCUCACUUCUUUGUCCAGGUCUCCAUAGCUGGACUUUGUAAUUUCCAGGUAUUUUGUUUCCAGUACUUGUUCAAUACCGAUGCCAUCAAUUUAUAUUUUACUUCGGAUUGGGUCUUUGCUGAUUUUUUUUUUUAGUUUUCUAAAAUGAGAUUAUCAUAUCAAAUUUUAUAAUAUUGUAUUUUAUAUAAAAUGAUUAGCACAUACUAAAACUAGAUACUGAAUACAACUGCCUAAACUGAAUAAAUACAUCACUUUUGAAUAUUAAUGAUAACUGUACAAUUAUAAACGUUAAAUAUCUGAAGUGAAGAUGUAUCUAAACGCGGGGAAUAUUUUUUGUAGUGGUACUAAGAAAAUUAGCUUCCUGUAUUUUGUUUUGGAACAUCCUGCAUGGAUUUUGUGUGCUAUAUCAGCUUUAUUUUAUUUUACUUUCAAGAUGGCCUUUUGCUACAGUAGGUAAAGCAUUUCCAUCCUACAUUUCAUGUUAAAUUUAUAAUAUUACCACAGAAUGCAAUCCUAUAACUUGGGUUGAAAAUUCUCAUUUAAGAAAAAUAAAUAGCUUUUCAAGGUUUAUGAUUUUAUUGACAAUAAGCAAUAAGUAUAUUGUGUAAGUCGCUUUCCUUGCUGCUUCCAAUGUCUCUUCUGGAAUUUCCUUUUCUGUGUCGAACAAUUUAACAACAACAUUGGACAACAUUCGACAACUUUAAAUUGGACAACAAAUUAAAAAUCAAUUGUCACUUCAUAAUAAACGGCAACGUUUCUAUAAUAGUAACGAAACCAAGGAAGACUAUUUUUAUCCAACAUCAAUUGGAUAGAUAAAACCUAGGAAUCGGAACACGCUUUAGCGGUCUGUAGGCCAUUUUUUUUAUUUUCACCGCUAAAACUUUAUUUUCUGGAAAAAAUUGUCCAAAAUAUGUCUACUUUCUGGUCGGUCUUAAAAAUAUAUUUUUGAAAAAUACGUGCAAAUUUACACCGCACAACUAAACAAUAAUUUUAAAAAGUUGGAUUCAAAGUAUAUAUUUAUUGUGGCAUAUUUAUUUAAAUUAUUUAUUUACAAAGAAGCAAUAGUUUGUUUUUUUAUUAAUUAGCAUUAAAUUUUCUAGUGCUUGAUGACAAUCUUCUACAGCUGGGGUAAAAGUGUUUUAUUUGUUAAGUUGUAUUUUCGUUAUUGUACGACAUUUUUUGUAAAUAUAUUUAUAAACGUAAAAAGGAUGGCUGAAAAUGUCAAAGUCAGAAAUAUAUUUCAAACUGAAAACGAAUAAAUUUCAUACUUCUUUUAGUAUUCAACACCUUUUAUAUUUUUGUUAUAAACUAGAUUACUUAAUGACUUCUUAUAUCUUAGAAUGUAUUUAAAGUAUUUUUACUUUAUAUAGGUAUAUCUAAUGAAAAUUUUACUUCGAAAUCUAUCUAGUGAUCAUCGAUGUUUAUGUUUGGUCUAUUACCUAUUUUUCUACUAUCCUUGGUUCAUUUAGGAUCAGAGCACGUUAGUUUAAUAUGUCUGGCUAUCUUGUUUAACACUGUUUUCCUUCCUUUUCUAUCUUCAUACGUAAACUUUUUCUUUAUGUUUAACUUAAGUAGGUAACACUUUAUAUCCAUUUAUUUCUUUGUUGCCUCUUUAUCUUGGGAAGUACAAGCUUUAACGGUAUCCAGGUUAAUAGUUUCCAGAUUAAUCAUGCUGCGUUGGUUUACUUCCUUGUUUGCUUCAUAUGCUUCAUAUUCUUAGACAAUUCUUGUCCCACGACAAGUUGGGAAAUUGAUGGCCACAUCCGGCAGAGCCCCACAUAUGCUGUGGUUCCCAUCCUCUUGGUCAGCCAAUUAAGGCAAGCCACCACUUGUGUAAACACUUCCUUUUUACCAAGGACCUACUAAUAAGAUAUAGUUAUACUUGAUUCCUCUAGCAGUCUUGAACAAUAAUCUAACACUGCGGCAUAUUAUGCUCUGGCAUAAAAGUUACACUCCUCGCUGUAAGUCCCGGUGUUAAAGAACGAUAUAGAGCUUCUUUUGUCAGAAUCAAGAUUACCUGCUUAGAGACCUGGAUAUCCACCCCAAGUCUAGAACUAGCGUGGAGAAGUUCCUCACUUCUCUUUUUGAGGAAAUGGUAGAUAUUAUUUCAGUCUGUUUGCGGCAUAAUAUAUAACGGGAAAGUACUAUUAGUUGAGUUACUAGUGACUCCACUAGUGGACUCCUUCACUGGAGUGAAGGUGGAUAUGAGCUAUUACCUCCGAUUUCGUUCAACCUUCAUCGAUUUGCAUGAAAAUUGGUGAGUGGUUAGAGGAUAUCUCAAGAAACAAAGGUGACAUGGUGCCAAUUUGCGCUUUUACCCUGGGGGUGGAUACCACCCCUUCUCGGGGUGAAAAUUAAUUUAUUUAAAAUAACUCCAUAAUUAGAUAGGGGGACAAAUUCUAAGCAAAAUUUGUUAUAUAAAAGUUAUUAAAAUAAAUUAAAACGUUUUGAGUUAUUAAAGAUCAAAUUUUUUAAUUUUUCGUAAGAAAAAUGCAUGUUUUUAACCGAUUUUUCAUAGAUAACUCAAAAAAUGUACGUUUUUACAAAAAAGUUAUUAUUACCAAAAUUGAAGCUAAUAAAAAAUUAAAUAAACUUCUUACUAAAAAAACCUCUUGAUAUUAACUAAAAGUGAGUUAUAGGUAAUUGAAUGCAUAUUUUUUUGGCGAGUGCCCAAAUCUAAGUGUUCAAGCUUAAAUUACGGGAAAAUGAUGCAUUUUAUAACAUAAACUUAUUAAACAUUUGUGAAAGUACUUGGAAAUAUCUAUCAAAUGAGAUACCGAACAAGUUAAUAGCAUUAAAAUUUAUGAUCCAAAAAUUUUUCAAACUGUAUUUUUUAAAAAAUUUUCCAAAAAAUGUUAUCGUUUUUUUUUUAAUAACUCCGUUAAUUUUUAAGAUAUCAGGUUCACCUAAAUAAGGUUUGGAAAGUAAUUUCAUAGGCUAUUAAAAUGCGUUGAAUUUAAUCUUACAGACCCAUUACUCUUUUAAAAAUCAAAGAUUAAAUGGCCACGGUUACAUGGUUCUCGCAGCAAAAUUUAAGCUUUAAACGUUUCUAUCUCGGUUAUUUUUCACCCUACAGAAAUGGUAAAGAAGGUAUAAUAUUUGAUAUAGAAAAAACUAAAAAAAAUUUAUUUACCUUUUUUUACGUAUAUUGAGUAUUUUUAUAGUUAUUAUCAAAAGAAAAUGAAAAUGACGAUAAUUUUAAAAAUUAUGAUUUUUUUAAAUUAUACCUUCUUUUCAAAAAUAUGCAUUCUAAACCGGUGAAAAUUGUUAAAAUCAUUAGCUAUGCUAAUAAAAACAAAUUUUUGUAAGGAUUACUAUAAAUUAUAAUUUUUGUGGAAAUGGCGUAUGUUUAAUUUUUCACUUUUUCCUAAGAAAUUCGAAAGGGUUCUCUUAGCUUCAUCAUAACUUGCUUAAUUUUGAUGCUAUUAACUUCUUCUGGAGCUCAUUUGUUAGGUAUUCUGAGAUACUUUAAUAAGUGUUUAACAGGUAUAUUUUAUAAAAUGCAUCGUUUUCCCGUUAUUUAAGCUUGAAUACUUAGAUUUGAGUACUCAUCGAAAAAAAUAUACAUUCAAUUACCUCUAACUCACUUUGAAUUAACAUUAGUUUAGUACUUUGAGUGAAUGUGUAUUCAUUUUUUCAUUAUCUUCAGUUUUGGUAAGAAUAACUUUUUUGUAAAUGCUAAUAGUUUUUGAGUUAUACGUGAAAAACAGCUAUAAAACAUGCAUUUUUUUCGAAAAAAUAAAAUUUUUGAUCUUUAAUAACUCAAAAAGUAUUGAUUUAUGUUAAUAACUUAAUAUAACAAAUUUUGUUUAGAAUUUGUCCCUCUAUCGAUUUGUGGUAUUAUUGUUAAUAAAAUAAUUUUCACUCCAGAAAAGAGGUGGCAUCCACCCCCAGGGUAAAACCGCAAGUUGACAUCAUGUCUCCUUUGUUCCUUGAGGUAUCCUCUAACUGCUCACCAAUUUUCAUGAAAAUCGAUGGAGGUUCAACAAAAUCGGAGGUGAAAAUCUUCAGUGCCUGCACUAUAUUCUGACGAUCCAACGACAGAGAAUAAGUAAAGUAAGAUGAGAAGUUUCUAUAAACACUGGAUUUAAAUACGUAUAGGAAAAUAUAUACAUUAUUUUUACGAGUAAUGGUAUAAUAUUUUCAAGAAAAAUUAAAUAUGUGGUGUGGUGUAAUAUAUUGGAAAAUUUUAAGGACAUGAGAAACUAUAAAUUAAAGGUAGGACUGAAGGUUCCUAUUUUUCAAAGAAAAUACAACGUUUUACGAUUAAGUAGUUGUGGAUUGUACUAUAAUUAAUCCUGGGUGAUUUCAACUCAGCCAGUAACAGAACUAUUUUCCUGAAAUCUUAGUAAUUCGACUCUCAUCAGAUGAUCUGUGGUUAUUAUAUAAAUUUAUAAUUCCAAAAGAUACGAAAUCUUGUUUGAUAAUGUUCUUCUGAAGCUAUUUUCUUGUGGAAUUUUUGCAAUUAACUAGUUUUGAUUGGAAAUAAGCCACAAUUUUACUAAAAAAAUGAUUUUAUUAACAUUUCGACGCCCAAAUCGGGUGUCGUUGUCAAAAUACAAAAAAUAUUAAUGAAUUAAACAAAAAUGUUGUUGCUUAGUACAAAAAUAAAAAAAUUCUUCUAAUAAUUUAUUUAAUCUUACUCAUUUAUAUCGGCAAUUCAGACAUAUAUUAUACAUUUUAAAGUAGGAGACUUUAAAAUGAUUUUGCCAAUAUUUAUGAGUUGCGUUCAUGGGACGACUUUAUUGAAAGAUAGUUCAUUCGCGAGAAUUUUACUGUCACCAUUGCAUGUGGUUGUCUUUUUAAAGACAGAUCACAUGUUAUGAUUUUUUUGUGACGGAUAUUCUUGAGUUGGGGUUGAUUUCAUGUAAUCGAAUGAAAUAUAUUUCAAUAAAGUCGUCCCAGGAACGCAACUCAUAAAUAUUGGCAAUAUCAUUUUAAAGUCUUCUACUUUAAAAUGUGUAAUAUAUGUCUGAAUUGCCGAUAUAAAUGAGUCAGAUUAAAUAAAUUAUUAGAAGAAUUUUACUAAGCAACAACAUUUUUGUUUAAUUCAUUAAUAUUUUUUUUAUUUUGACAACAACACCCGAUUUGGACGUCGAAACGUUAAUAAAAUCAUUUUUUUUAGUAAAAUUGUGGCUUAUUUCCCAUCAAAACUAGUUACUUCUUUAAUAAAAAUUGAAUUUGAAAAAGUGAGAUAACUAGUGAGUAGCAAUAAAUUAAAAAGUUAGCGUAAAUAUGUGUUUACAGAAACUUCUUAGAAUAAAAUGUACUAAUGAAUAUCCUAAAACAAUGUUUUAGUAGAUUAUUGUAUUAUUGCGUAGAAAUAGGCUAAAAAUGAAGAUUUACUGGACAAAAAUAAGAUAACAGGAAACUGAAUGUCAAUCAUAUUUCGACAUGCAUAUUAUAGUGUUCCUCAAGAUUCACCAAUGAUUCACUGUUGUUGAUAAGAAGAUGAUGGCAAACAAGAACUAUUAUUUACUACCUAUCAAAAGUUUAUCAUAGUAAUAAGCAGUCAAUAUGUAAAAUAAAGUAAUUGUGCAAACAAAUAUAGUUGAAUUAUUAUGAACAUAAUAAAGAUAAAACGUAUAAAGUAAAAGAAAAAUAUAUCCUAAUAGGAAAGACAAUACAUACAUAAGUGAUAAAAAUCACAAUAUAUAGGUAUAUAAAAACAUAGAAUAACGGUCUGUAAGCUAAUAAUUUAGUAGCAAAAAUGGAAGACCUUUGAAACUAUGGAUAUAAAUGUAUAAAAUGACCUGAUUUAAAAUAUUAUGGUACUUAUGACUUAUAAACCAUCCCAUUUAAUUUUCAUCUGUAAAUUUUACAAGAGGAGAAUGUUAAUGAUAGUAACAAAACAUUUAGGAAAACUGUCCAGUGACAGUUUCUUUUACUUUUCUAAUGAUGAAUUUCUACUACAUAACACUAUACUAUAGAACAGUACUAAGAUUCGAAAAUCUGACAGAUAGAUCAAAUAGAAGAUGCCUUCUUAAUCUUCGCUGGACGGGAUGUCUCAUUAAGGGUUGAGCCAAUGCAUUGGGAUGAUUUUCUUUGCAUUCGUCAUAUUUCUGGGAGAAGUAAGAUAAUUUUUCUUCGACAGAUUUCAUUUUAAGGUCACGAGCAAUAACACUCUUGGUUACAUACAAUGGAGCAUUUAUGAUAAUCCUAAAUAUUUUGGACUGCAAUCUUUGUAGAAUUUCAAUAUUUAGUGGGAAGCUGUCACCCACAAUUGAAUUCCGUAGCUCCAUAUCGGUUUUAGGACGACUUUGCCAAUAAUCAUUAUUGGUAACUGAUAAUUUUGAUUUACGAUCUAAUAUCCAGUACAAUGUGCUAUGUUAUAAAACCAAUUGCUUCCUCUCAGCAAAUAUAUGAGUCAUCCAAGUUAAUCGUCGGUCCAGAUGGAUUUCCAGAUAUGUUACAGCUUGUUUUUGUUGCAAGAACUAGCCAUUUAAUGCCACAGUUGAACAAGCACCUAUUCGUAAGGUGUAGAUGACAUGGAUAGAUUUAAUUUUAUUAACUUUAAUUAAGAGAAUUAACAUCCAAGUCAGUCAAGCAAUAUUGUGUAAAGAGUUGUCAAACUUUGUCGAACGCUUGUGAGAGGUCUAAAAAGAGCAGUAUUCUUUAAUCUUAACAGUAUUUGUACAUUUUUUUAUAUAAAAAAAAAUACUACUACCGUAAGUCCAUCCAAGAAUCUAGAAAUCAAUAGUUUCUAUAUUAUUUUUCUCAUUUUAGAUCCUUUAGUGUUUAGAAAUAUGUUUCUGAUAUAGAUGUUGUCACCAUCAUUACAUACGUUUAGAUGUUCGCAGAAACGGGAAGACUUGCCAUUUAUAUAUUAUUAUCUAAUAUUUAUCUUAAUUAAUACUUAUUUAAUCGUUACAAAUAAUUCUAGUAGCUUGACUGAAUAUAGCAACUUAGCCAAUUAGCAAUAAACAAUCAGGCAAUUUUAAUAUAAAGUAGUUGGUUCUAUGAUAGUAAAAGGGGGAAAACAAUAUUUAAGAGUAUAUCAGCAUUUACUUUUUUCAUAAAGCAUUGUACAAACAAUUCCCACUACAAUUAAAGCACAUAAUUAUACCGUUUCAGAAAUUGAUGUAUACCUACCCUACAUAAAGAAUUCUUGUGAGUGUUACUCGAAGAAUAAUUUAUUUUACAGCAUUUUGUACUAAUUCUUCAUCCGACUGAAAUCAAUUAUCUUUAACACCUUUAAGUGGCCCAAAGAUGUGAAAAUCGCAAGGUGGUGAAUCGGAACUAUAGGGUGGUUGCUCUAAUAUCCUCCUUUUAUUUCUUUGUAGAUUUUCUUCCACUACUUUGACAACAUGAGGCCGAGCAUUGUUGUGUAGAAGAAUAGUACAACCUGAGAGCUUCCUUGGACGUUUUCAUCUUGUUACUUGAUAAAGUUUAUUCAAUCUUUCAUUUUACAGAUUUGCAUUGAUACUUUACUGCUUAAACCUUGUCGUUUUUUAGUGAAGAAUUAUUUCUAUGAAAACUAUGCCCUAACGUAGUAUAAAAAUUGCCAAGUGUGGGAUCUCUCUCAGUGAAAAAUCCAAGGUAAACGUGAUCCUGGUAGAAAAAGAACAUCAUGGCUGGAAAAUCUAAGGCAAUGAUAUGGAAAAUCGACUACCUACAUCGUUAUUCAGGGCUGAUGUUAAUAAAGUUACGAUAGCGAAUAUGGUACCCAACAUAAUAUCCAACGAUCAAUAAUGGUCAUGGAACCAGAAGAUUAAAGGGAAAUCUUUAUCAUUUUGAAGAUACUGUGGUCGUAAACUUAAACAAAGAUAUACCUCAUUUUUUAACAUAUUCGGCUUCUCUGUUUAUGAACCGUAUAUUAUAACUGUAGCUUACUGUUUGUGUUAGGUAGCUAAAUUUUUCGUUUACUAUUUCUCGACUUUUAUCUUUAUCCGAAUAUUUAAGCUACGGAGCACAAAAGCGUUCUUGUUCUUUCUGGACCGUGCUUGUUUUAAAUCGCUGGCUAUCGUGGUAUGUAUUAACAAGCUGAUGAAGUGUUUAUCGGUCGGCAGUUAGAUGAAACAAAUCCUCGGCCGUUCGAACUAUUCAUUGUCUAAUGUUACGCGGCCAGAACAGUUGUGUUCUUCCCACCUUCCGUUUGCUUUCGAUUUUACCCUGAAUGAUUUCAUCAUCAUCUUGAUGAUGUUGGUCAAUUCUUGCUCUUUGUGCAUGGUGUCUAGCACACCUUCGUUAGAUAUGUGUAUGUUCACAUCCAUAAAACAAAGUGGACCAGACGUAGCCUAGCACUUUAUUACUCUUAGACGUGUGGUCAAUGACAGACUCCCACUGUGCAAUAAUGCUUUUUACUCUGCAGUCAAUCCAGCUAGUCAGAUAUCUCAAGUGUUCCAAUAUUUCCAGGAGUUUGUUAUCUAAUUUUAGUACUGAGUCUUCGAUAUUAAUAUUUUCGACCUUCAUCCAUUUUGUUUUCUUUGCGUUAAUUUUGAAGCCCUUUUUAGUGCAUUCUUUGUUUACAGCGUUUAACAGAGUUUUAAGGUCUUUUGGACUCUGUGCCAUUGUAGCGGUGUGUAGCUGGUGUAGCAUUAAAAGCAUUGAAGGCCUGUAAAUUCAGGAUAUUUAAUUAUUAAAAGUAAAUUUUGAUAUACGAUUAAUAAAUAUGUUCUUCAACAAUUUCAUAAAGUUUUAAAAUUUGCGACAUACUAGCUACCAAAACUGUCGGAAAUCAACAGCUUGAUUUAUUAAAUAAUAAUAUUUAAUAUAAUCUUUGCUUUUGCUAGUACCAAAAGAAUGAUUUAUUGUAUUAAAAUCGACGUUUUGGUAUAUAAUGUCUAUUAGACACACAGAAGUAAAUUUUAGAACUUGAUUUACUUACAUACAUUUGUGGAACUACUCUACUUAUAUUGGUUUUGCACAUUUUUGAGCAUACAAAAACUUGGUGCCUGUAAUUAAAUAGAAUGUGAUAUUUUCUAUCACCAAAUGUGAUCACCAAAAUAACCGUAUAUAUCUUUUUCACAAUAUAACAAAGUAUAACAAAUAUAUUACUCAUAGAGAAUAAGACAAAGAAUAUUUUGAAGAAAAAAAUGUUGGCAUUUUUCGCCGAUUAAGAGCUAAUAAGCCAGAAAAUCAAAAUCCAAAACUUUUAUGCCAUUUUAAAAGAAACGGAAUACUUACUAAUAAACCAUUCUAAAUAUUUUUAAUGUUGCAUACUUUAUUCUAACUAUAAAUCCACAAGAUAUUACAUAAUUAUAUAAUACUAGGGCGGUUCGGUAAGUAUUUAGCCUACAACAGAAAAAUGAACAUUUUGGGAAAAGUGAUGAUUUAUUUCUGAACACAGUUUCCUUUUAGCUUGACAUACUUGACGCAGGGGCUGAAAAAUACGUUUUCUCGAGGUCUGUCAAGUAGGCUUUCGUGGUGGCGAUUCGACUACAAUUUCUGCCCAGCGAAUGACUUUUUCAAGUUUGGUCGCACAGGGCCAAAUCUGGAGAAUACGAAAGAUGGGACAACAGUUCGUAGCCCAAUUCGACCAAUUUUGCCAUGACGACGCGCGACGGUCAUGGUGGAAGAGUAUUUUUUCUUCGCUAAUUCAAGCUGUUUUUCUGCAAUUUGGAGACGAAUCGGCAUAGUAAAACACUGUGAUCGUUUUGUCCGUUUCUAGAAAGUGAUAUAAAUCACACGUUGUGAAUACCAGCAAACGGUGGCCAUCACCUUUGCGGCCGAUAAGACAGUAGCUAUUUGACUUCUUCGGAAGAUGUUCGCGGAGUGACAUCAACAACUGUUUCGCUUUCCUUGGUCUCUCGUGUAUACCAGUGCAUCCAUGUUUCGUCAACGGUUAUGAAAUAAUAUAGAAGCUCCUUCGCCUUACGCUUAAAGAGUCUCAAACACUGCUCCUGAAGUGAUCUCAUGGAUGCGCUUAUUGUCCUGAGUGAGAUAAUGCGGCACCCAUCGCGUCGACAGCUUUCUCAUGCUCAAAAUUUGACCCACGCGAUCUUUUGGGAUGCCUACAGUCUUAGCUAUCUCGCGCGUCUUCAGUCGUUGGUCCGUAAAUACCAGAUCGUGGAUUUUUUCGCGUUAUCCUCCUUGGUAGCCGUUUUCGGGACACCUGGCCAAGACUUACCAAAAACCGACUUGCUAACCUGUUACGACUCGGUAAAUCAUUUUUUGACGUUCGCUAUGGAAGGAGAAGAGUCACCGUACACGGCAUUCUAGCGCUCUUUGAUUUGAUUUCCCUUUUAAAAACAAGAUUUAAAUCACCAACAGAUAUUGCUCUUUUUUAUUUUUCUAAAAUCUUAAAUACGCUCACUUGUGAAAACAAAACUACUAGGCCGAUUCCGCUGAGAUUUUGACACAGGCCGUCAACCCGUCAAUUGCGAUAGUGGCGCUCUCUAGCGGAGAGGCUAAGUACUUAUCGGACCACCCACGUAUGUAUCUUCUUCUUAUGGUGCCUAUCCGUUACGGAUGUUGGACACUAACAUGGCUAUUCUGACUUUGUUGACUGCUGCCCUGAAAAGUCCGGUAGUGGUUAAGUUAAACCAUUUUCGCAGGUUAUGCAGCCAGGAUAUCCUUCUUCGUCCUGGACCUUUUUUCCCAUGCACUUUGGUAUGUAUCUAAACCAACAAUAUUAUUAUAAUGGAUUAUACUCUCUAAUUAAUAUUUUCGGUCAGAAGCAGGAAUUUGAAAUAAAAUCUUGAUGUUUUCUGUUACUUUAUUAACUUUGUAAUUCAUGGUUGAUGAGUGGUCUUACUCAAUUUUUUCAUUUUUAUAAUUAUUCUUAUCUACUUCUUGGUCCUUGGUCCUUGUUAUAUCAAAUGACCUUGUGCAAAUCUCUUGUUCUGGUUACAUGGCUUGUUAUAUCGAUUUCAAUAUUGAGGCCACCAUUACGGCGUCUAUGACUACGGUUAUAUUUCAUAAAUUAUUAUUGUUAUUUUAGGUAUACCGGAAGUUGUGUUUAGUUCUUCUCAAAUUUCUAUACAUUUUGUGAGAUUUUUUAUUAUCGCAUAGUAUGUGUCUUAUGUGCUUAAAGUAGUCUUUCUUGUAUAUUUAUUUUUCAUCUUCUUAGCCUUCUAUCAUCCAUCCUCGGACAUAGGACUCUCCCAACUUCUUCCAUCCAUGUCUAUCCAUAUUUCCAAUUUCUUCCAGCUAUUCUUCUUUUUAUAUUAACUAUCUACCCAUCUCAUAAUAUUAUGUGGUCUUCCUCUUGGUCAUUUAACUUUGUAAGGUCUCCAAUGUUGUAUGGUGGCGUUUCAACGUUUGUCUUUUUGUCUAGCAGUGUGGCCAACGAAGUUCCAUUUGAGAUUGGUAAUUUAUGUUAUGAUGUCCUCGACUUUUGUUUGUGAGCUUAACCAGUCGUUCCCAUUUUUAUCUGACAGUCGUAUAAUAUCUAACAUUGCUCUUUCUGUUGUGGCUAGUUUACUCAUAUUUGCCUUGCUUAUUGUUCAGAGCUGACAUCCAUAUUAUAUCAUGAUACGAAGGAUGCACUGGUUGAACACUUUGUUCCUCAAGUACUGGGGUAUUUUGCAGUUCUUAAGUAUCCAACUAAGUUUUCAAAUCCUGUCCAUGUCAAUCUUACUCUUCUAGCUAUUUCCGCACUUUGGUUCUCUUUGUCAAGUUUCAGAAUUUGGCCUGAAACCCUUUGGUUUCAGGUUUAUUCAUGAACUUUUUAUAUUCAUUUUUAGGCCGACGUAUUGGGAACUCUCUGCGCUAUAAUCACGAUGUCGUCUUUAGCUUUAUUUAGCUACUAAGCACUAUUUACAUUAGGGACGGACUCACACCGGAUCAAGGCGAGCUUUUGACAUCGAGUUAGAGGCUCGGCCUGAACUUCGAGCUGCAGGUUGAGCUCGUGACUUGUGUCGACUCGGCUCGAAUAGUUCGAGCCGAGCCAAGCCGAAAUCGAAAACAUAAUAAAGAAUGUACCUAAAACAUAGCAUUCGUAGUAUUUUUUUUUACUUAGUUUAGCCAAGCAAGAGAAUAGUCAAAUAUAAAAAUAAUAAAUAGGUACACUAAAUUCUUUUCACGUAUAGCUAACCUGUCAUAGUAAUGUCAGAAGACAAGACGAGUGAGUAUGAUGCUCACGCAUCCAGUUGGGUUGUUCUUUUACCUAGUAUCUAGAAUUCUAAUGGUUGACCUUGCCAUUUAAUGUGAAAGUGGCUCAUCAAAACAAAUAUUGUUUUGCUUCGCAAAAUUGUAUUCUUUUAUCUGGAUCAUCCUCGUUUAGUUCCUAUACACACAAAGGUGCACGUAAAGGUAUGCCAUUUUUCAAAUUUUUAUACCGUUGUUUUGCUACCAUUGAGAUCACGACUAACCUUACGAAUAAAAGUUUGUGCAUCUUCUUCAAAAGUAAGUUGAACAUCCAAUACUGUAUCAUAGUUUACAUAGGGAUGACGUAAUUUGCGUGCAUUUUCAACCGUACCAAUUUCUCGAAAUUUCUUUCCAAUCUUACUGUGAACUGCCUUAUUGUCUUUCUGGAUAUUUUUAUCAAGCUCGUCGCGGCUCGAAAAAAAUUUGAUUCGGCGCGAGGCUCGGCUUGCAAGAAACAAACCGGCUUGAGCUAGAAGCUCGGCUCGUCAAACGAGCAGAGCCUCGAUGUAAGCCGAGCUAUAAUAUAAUCUAGAGCUUGUGACCAUCCCUUAUUUAAAUUACAUACUUUUAACUAUUAUAAAUCAAAUCAAUACUUAAGAAAUAUUUAUUUACGACUUAUUAUACCUGCUGAAAAAUGUUGUUAAAGUAUUAUUACUUAAGAAAGAACUAAAUAAGUAAAAGUUUUCUCAAAAUAUUCUUUGUAAAAAUAGAAGUGCAUAUUAUCAGCCUUAAUAAUAUAACCUUACACUGUCAGUUUUAUAGCGCACCUGUGAUUUACUCACCUUCCAAUACUUUAAUAAUACGUAGAAUAAGUACGUUAUUUUGUAUAUUGCAAUUUUUAACGUUAAAUACACUAGAUAAUCAGUAGCGUAGAUUUUUAUACCAAUUCAAUCUCGAGUUCAAAUUAGGUACUAAGUCUAAUCAAAGUGUACUAUUAUUACUAGGAACUUCAUUUGUAUUAUAUUUAUACGAAAUAAAGUACAAUAAGUAAUC